AUUUGAAGUUAACAAAUAAGAAAAAUGGAAAGAGAAGAAGUGAAUAAAAUGGAAAAUGAAAUUGAAGAAAUCGAAGAGAAUGAAGAAGAAAUAAAAGAGGAUGGGAAAAGAAAAGAAGAAAAAAUACAAAAUGAAGAAAUAGCAGAGAAGAAAAUACAAAAGGAAAAAAUAGAAGGGAAGGAAAUACAUAAAGAAGAAAUAAAAGAGGAUAAUGAAUUAGAAAUAGAAGAAAUAGAAGGAAAAAAUGACAUACAAAAGGAGAAGAUAGAAGAAAAGGAAAUCCAAAAAGAAGAAAUGGAAGAGGAUAAUGAAUUAGAAAUAGAAGAAAUAGAAGGAAAAAAUGACAUACAAAAGGAGAAAAUAGAAGAAAAGGAAAUACAAAAAGAAGAAAUGAAAGAGGAUAAUGAAAUAGAAAUGGAAGAAAUAGAAGAGCAGAAUGAAAUACAAAAUGAAGAAAUAGAAGAGAGGGAUGACAUACAAAAGGAAAAAAAAGAAAGGGGGGAAAUACAAAAAGAAGAAAUAAGAGAUGAAAAUAAAAUAGAAAAAGAAGGAAUAAAAAACGAAGAAAUAAAAAAGAAAGAAAAUGAAAUAGAAGACGAAGAAAAUAAAAAGAAUUUAUCACAAAUGAUGGAUAAGAUACAAAUUCUCCAACAAAAAUCAAUUGACGUACAUUUUAACGAAAGCAAAGAAGAAGUAAAUAAGGAGAUUUAUUUCUUCACUGGUAGCAAGUACAUUGGCAAAUGUAAUUCAAUUGGAAUGUCAGGAUUUGGCAGAUUCAUUAUGCCACACGGUGUGAUUUUUGAGGGCGAAUUUAAAGACUAUGUUUUUCAUGGUCAAGGAUCAUUGGAAUGGCCGCAAAAGCAACGAAUUGAUGGAGUCUGGCAUCAUGGUGAAUUACAAGAGAAACAAUACACAUUUAGCGAUGGUUUAGUAUUCCAAGAAAACGAUUGGAAUUAUUGUCAAUUUCCUGACAGACGUUAUAAAUUAAUUUGCGGAGAAAAAAUGAUGAGCAAGAAUUCAAAUUUGUCAGAAACAAUUUGUGUGCCGUCAAUUGAAAGAAAAACUUCAAUAGUAAAAAAUACAAGGAGGCAUGAUGAGUCUGUAUUGUCCUUGAAAGGUAAAUUUCAAGGUUAUUACUCGUCGUUGGAUGAAAUUUUUGAUGAUGAAAUGAGAGAAAUUACGAUGAGAACGAGAGUGGUUCAUCAUGAUUCAAGCAGUAGUCGUACGAGUUUGAAUAAUAAUAAUAAUAAUAAAGAAAAAAAUAAACUAGACUUACAUGAAAAUGACGAGAAAAUAAAUAUAACAGUAGAGAAAGAAGCUGAGAAAGAACAUCAGCUCAUGAAGAUAAUGACGACGAAGACGAAAGAACAAGAGAUAUUGAAGGACUUAUCGACGAGUAAACAGGAAAUGUUCAAAAAAGACAAAGAAACAAGUAGCAAACAAGAGCAACACGAUAUUUUACGAUUUCAAUAAUUUUGCAGAAAAAAAAUAACAUUUAUUCCUUUUUAAAAUUUACCAAAGGAAAAAUUAAAAAUGACUGAUAAAUUUAAUAAUUAAUAUAAUUCUAAUAAAAUUUAUUUGUAAAUGCCGAAAAAUUGUCAUAUUUUCAAUAAUGAAAAUUUUCAAUUUCAAAUAUUUUACUCAUCAAUAUUAUAUUAAUUUACUUUCAUUUUAUUAGAUUUAAAUUAUUAUCUAUCAAGAACAACGGAAGAAGAAGAUAAUAAUAAUUAUGAUGAAUUAAAAAGAAUACAAACUUUGAUAAAAAAUUUACCCAAUUUUUCAAAGCAAACUGAUUUAAAUGAACAAUUAAAAAGAAAAAUUAAAGUCAAAAAUGAACGAAAAAUUGAAAAACCAGUUACAGAAACGAAUUUUCAACUUCUCAAAAUAUCCUCUGAUCCUAAUAUUUGUCCAA